AUGUCGGUUGACUGGACUGCAGUGAGCCAAACCAUCUCUGCGGAAUGGGACGAAACGGUGUUGCCAGCUCUCUCCGCAUACAUUGAAGUUCCCAACCAAAGCCCUCACUUUGAUGCGGAGUGGGCCACCAACGGCCUCAUGGGCAAGGCCAUGGACGUCAUUGUGGAAUGGGUGAAGAACCAACCCAUCAAGGGCUUAAAAUAUGAGGUCCUGGAAGAGAAGGGUCGCACGCCUUUCCUUAUUGUGGAAGUUGACGGGACAGAACCCACAGCCAAUACGCUGUUGCUCUACGGCCAUAUGGACAAGCAGCCGCCUCUUCCUCCCUGGGAUGAGGGUCUUCACCCCCAAAAGGCUGUGUACCGCGAUGGGAAAUUGUACGGCCGAGGUGCCGCAGAUGAUGGAUAUGCUGUAUUCUCAUCGUUGACCGCUCUGGCGGCGGUACAAAAACACGGUUUGCCCCAUGGACACGUCGUCGUCAUUAUUGAGGCGGGUGAAGAAUCUGGAAGCGAGGACCUUCCCUAUUAUAUCGACCGGCUCAGUGACCGUAUCGGAAAUGUGGAUCUUCUUAUCUGCCUGGACAGUGGGGCCAUGACAUAUGACAAGCUGUGGUUAACCACGGCGCUGCGAGGUGUUGCAUGUGGCACCCUCACUGUUCAGAGCAUGAGUGAAAGUAUGCACAGCGGUAUCUCCGGUGGAGUGGUUCCCGAUCCAUUCCGGAUUGCCCGUAUUUUGCUUAAUCGAGUUGAGGACCAAACAACAGGUGAGGUGAAGGUUCCCGAGGCGCAUUGUGCCAUUCCGGAGGCUGUCGUGAAGAGCAUGGAAAUCAUGAAUGAAGUGAAUUUCAUGGAGCAUUUCGCUCUUCUGCCCGGCGUCUCUCCAGCAUCCGCUGACAAUGCCGAACUCGCUCUGCGAAACUCUUGGAAACCCGCUCUCACCGUGACAGGGGCUGACCUCCCAGAUCCCGCCACAGCUGGCAAUGUCAUUCGUGCAAAAUCGACGUUACGGAUUUCACUUCGUCUCCCACCUUUGGCGAAUGCCGAGGAUGCCGCAAACUCACUGAAGAAAAUGCUUGAGGCGGACCCGCCGUAUGGGGCCAAAGUUCAUUUUGAACCAGAUGCUGUGGGUUACGGUUUUUCGACCCCCGAACUCGAGCCGUGGCUCGUCAAAGCCCUGAAUGAAGGAAGCACGACCGUGUUUGGCAAACCAUUCGCCUCACAGGGCCUGGGUGGAUCCAUUCCUUUUAUCGCGAUGCUUCUCAAGCGCUUUCCGAAAGCCCAGUUUGUCGUCACGGGGACGCUCGGUCCGAAGAGCAACGCACACGGACCAAACGAGUUCCUUCACGUGCCGUUCACUAAGGGUUUGACCACCUGCGUCGCCCGCGUGAUGGCCGACCACUUUAAUGCCACACCGAAGCUGAAGGUAUAA